AUGGCGGACCAAGAGCUUCGUAGACGUCGUGUCGGACAAGAAGCGACGGAAAUCCGGAAGAGACAUAGAGCCGAAAGAAUCUACAAAAUCGAGAAGAAACCGGAGCCAAUGAGCUGGACAUGCUAUGCAAUCAUCAUCUUCUCAAUCCUCGGGGUCAUCUUGUUCCUGAUCGAGGCGUUCUCCGGAUUCAAGCGCAUCAAAAGACUUUUCUAA